GAUUCUAAAAGCGAGGGAGGCGGAGGAAGGAGAGAGAGAUUGAGAUUGCUGAAGGGGCGGGACGCCAUCCCUAACUCGGCCUGGAUGGAGAGAAAGGAGCUUGGAGCAGGCAAAGGAGAAAGGGGUGCGCAAGGAGGAAGGCGCGUGGGGGAGGGGUUGCUUUUGGAGGAGGGUUCAAAGGAGCCCCACCCCCAGCUUCCCUGUUUAGGAACCCCCUGAUAGAGCAGCGUGGGAAAAGGCGCAUCCGUGCAGCCCCCUUGCGAGGCGUGCAGUAAAAGCGCGCCGCGGUUCCCAGCGCAAGAUCCACCGCGAUCCAGUAUCCACGCUGUAGUUCUAGGCUAUGGAGAAGGGAGUGGGGGGUUGGGGCGGGGAAGACGCCCUUUCUUGGGGGAGAGGGAGAAACGCCAGGAAAAGAACUCCCUUUCUCCGCCCAUUUGGUGUGCAGGCAGUUUGCAGACUUCUUCUGAAAUAUCUCAUGGGCUGUCACAUGGAAGAGGGAACCAGCCUGUUUUCGCCUGCACUGGGAGGGUAGGACCAGAACCAAUGGCUUCAGGUUACAUGAAAGGAGAAUCCCACUAAACAUUUGGGGGGGAAACUUUCCGACAGUAAGAGCUGUUUGACAGUACAGUGGGCGCUCGGGUUGCGAGCAUGAUCCGUGCAGGAGGUGCUUCUGUGCAUGCACAGCGCGAUUUAGUGCUUCUGCGCAUGUGUGAGCGCCGAAACCCAGAAGUAACCCGUUCUGGUACUUCCGGGUUUGGUGCGGUGCGCAACCCGAAAAUGCACAACCUGAAGCGUCUGUAACCCCAGGUAUGACUAUAGAACCUCCUUCCUUGGAGGUUUUUAAGCAGAGGUUGGAUGGCCGCAGCUGUCAUGCAUGCUUUAGCUGAGAUUCCUGCAUUGCAGCGGGUUGGACUAGAUGACCCUUAGGUCCCUUCCAACUCUAAGAUUCUAUGAUUCUCCAGCUGCAAAGUGGUCACCCGACUGCCUUGUUUUCAGCGCAGGGUCUUCCGACCCACCCCAUUUGGCUCAGGGGACAUAGCCUUGGAGGGGAAGUUAUAUGGCGAGAGGUGGGGCUGGGAUUUGCCGUACUGUUUUUUACGAGGCCGACUCAGAAUCCAAAACCCAGUCACUUGUUCGUUCAUUGAAUUCAUUUCCUACCUUUUCCUCCAAGGAACUGAAGGUGAUGUAAGUGGUUCUCUCCUUCCCAGUGCAGGUGCCAGGCUAUUUUGCGCCCUGGGCAAUGCUAACUAUCAAAGCAGUUUACCUAUGGGACCACCUCUCCUAGUAUGCCCCGCAGAGGACCGUAAGGUCCACAAAUGACAACAUUUUGGAGGUCGCAAGGUGGUUAGAUUGGUCUCAACUAGGACCAGGGCCUUUUCACUACUGGCCCCGACUUGGUGGAACGCACUGACACAAGAGACUAGGGCCCUGCGGGAGUUGACAUCUUUCCGCAGGGCCUGCAAGACAGAGCUGUUCCGCCUGGCCUUUGGUUUGGACUCAGUCUGACCCUCACGUUUCCCUCCCCUUAUGGUUUUGAUCUAUGGGCUACUUUUAAAAUGAGGCUGCAUUUUAAAUUGCAUUUUAACCUGUAUUUUAAAUUGGUUCCCCCCCCAUAUGUUUUUACUGUAAUUUUACUGGUGUUAGCCACCCUGAGCCCGGCUCCCGUCGGGUAGGGCGGGGUAUAAAUAAAAUUUAUUAUUAUUAUCAGUUAUAAUACAACAAAUAAACAUAUAAACAAACAAAUGAAAAGAGACCACCAGCUGAGUACUGAUGGAACUCGUCAUUCACAGAUCAUACGUUGAUCAGCGUUUCCCAGACUUGGGUCUCCAGCUGGGACUACAAUUCCCAUCAUCCCUAACCACUGGUCUUCCUAGCUAGGGAUGGUGGGAGUUGUAGUCCAAAAAAACAGCUGGAGACCCAAGUUUGGGAAACACUGACGUAGAGGGGGGAAACAAAAGUAUGAAGGAUGGAAUCCUCCUCACUCCCUGUCUCUCCUUUGCAGGCAUUUGCAAGCUACACCCUAUUUUAAAGGACAUCUUUGCAGCAGCUCCAGGUGUCCCAGGAGUGGUCCAGUUUAGGCCUCUUCUUUCAUCUCCUCCUGGCAGCACAAUGGCUUCUGAGACACCGUCUGUAGAAGGAGCAGAAAGAACUGCCAGGCAACCAUCGCAGGUAAGGAAAGGAUUGUUUUGGGAGAGGCAAGAGUGGAUUGAGUCUCUGUGGGCUGAGUGGGGAGCGGCUCUGAAAGAAUAUGUCUUUUUAAAAUAAUAAUAAAAAAAUCUUUAUUGAAAGUUCAUAAAGUACAUAAUUAUAUGUGCACUGAACAUGUUGAGACAUAAACAAAAAGAGAAACAGAACCGGUGCAGAAGGAUAAAUAAAGGGGGGAGGGGGGGAACCCAAAACUGCAUACUUUGCAAGGUAGGUAUUGUACUUCACCAGAUCAUUUGCAAGAAUGGAUUCCAAAUAUCAUCGAACUUGUCCAUGGCAAGUCUGCAUUUAUUGUAUGCAAGUUGUUUGUAUGUUGCGAAUUUGUAUAAGCCUUCAAUCCAGUCGUAGAAGGGAGCCGCAUUUUUAUUUUUCGAAUUCAUCAGUACAGUGGUACCUCGAGUUAAGAACUUAAUUCGUUCUGGAGGUCCGUUCUUAACCUGAAACUGUUCUUAAACUGAGGUACCACUUUAGCUAAUGGGGCCUCCCGCUGCCGCUGUGUCGCCAGAGCACGAUUUCUGUUCUCAUCCUGAAGCAAAGUUCUUAACCCAAGGUACUAUUUCUGGGUUAGAGGAGUCUGUAACCUGAAGCAUCUGUAACCUGAAGCAUCUGUAACCCGAGGUACCACUGUAUCAGUCUUUUUGCUGUGGUAAGGGCAUGGAGAGUCCACUCGUAUUGUCCUUUUGUAAGGUCCCAUGUGCUGGGUAUAUAAUUAUAUAUAAUAUAAUACACGCACACACUAUAAUAAUGCCUUGUUGUCUCCAUGGGAGCCAGUGUGGUGUAGUGGUUAAGAACGGUAGACUCGUGAUCUGGUGAACCGGGUUUGCGUCUCCGCUCCUCCACAUGCAGCUGCUGGGUGACCUUGGACUAGUCACACUUCUCUGAAGUCUCAGCCUCACUCACCUCACAGAGUGUUUGUUGUGGGGGAGGAAGGGAAAGGAGAAUGUUAGCCACUAUCACUAUCCUUCGAGUAGUUAUAAAGCGGGAUAUCACAUCCAAACUCCUCCUCCUCCUCCACGUUUGGCCUUAUAUCAGAACAUCCUGCCAGAUGGGACCAAGGGCCCCUCUGGUCCUGCACCCUGUUCUCACAGAUGCCACCCAGAUUCCCGGGGGAAGCCCUCCAAGUGAGACCAAUAGCCCUCUCCCCUCUUGUGGUUCCCAGCAGGUAUAACUGCUUCGAAUUUUGGAAGCCGACGAUAGCUGUCCUGGCUAGUAGCCACUGAUAGCUUUUUCCUCACCGUGAAUUUCAAGUCCUCUUUUUGAGCCACCCAUCUUGGUGGCCAUCACUGAAAGAUCUCAAAGGGACAGCAUCCAACCACUGUGUUGCCCUUGCCUAUCAGGAGGAUGGUGCAUGGUGAACCAUUUCCGUAUUUUUUCUACUUCCAGGGCCUGAAGACCUUCCAGGCUCUCUUGACCUUCGAGGAGGUGGCUGUGUUUUUCACGGAGGAGGAAUGGGCGAUCCUGAAUCCCAGCCAAAGGGCUUUGCACAGGGAAGUCAUGGAGGACAAUUAUGAGACGGUGGCCUCGCUUGGUAAAGACACUUUUCUUUCUUAUAACAAUAACAAUAAUUUAUGGGCUGGUUUCCAAUAAUAGGGAACCAGGCGGAGGGCCUUCUCGGUAGUGGCGCCUGCCCUGUGGAACGCCCUCCCACCAGAUGUCAAAGAGAAAAAUAACUACCAACCUUUUAGAAGACAUCUGAAGGCAGCCUUGUUUAGGGAAGCUUUUAAUGUUUAAUAGGUUAUUGUAUUUUAGUGUUCUGUUGGAAGCUGCCCAGAGUGGCUGGGGAAACCCAGCCAGAUGGGCGGGGUAUAAAUAAUAAAUUAUUAUUAUUAUUAUUAUUAUUAUUAUUAUUAUUCCACAGCAUCAUUCCAAAGUGAUCUUGCUGGGACACAGGACACAGACGUGUUCUAUUCACUUCAUGCAGGAGUCACAAAAUCAAAAUAAUACCUUUUGUUAGCUUUUAAAAGGCUCGACUUUGAAUUGCUGGGUAUUAUGUGACCAAACCUAAGCCAACUUCUCUGAUUCCUUGACAGAGUCAGACCUCAAUUCCUGUUGGAAAGGAGAAGAUCUGUUGGGAAGAAAAAGAGAGACAUCAUCAGGUAGGAAUUAACUUUGUUUGGGAGCCAUCUUCAUAAUUUACUCACCUGUCUGCUGCUUUGAAAGCAGUUUCUAAACCAUUUCAGGGCCCUGGCGACAUGUUUUGCAUGUAUGUAGAUGGUCUUAGGUUUAAUCCCUGGAAUUUUGUGACUGCAACUAAAGUCAUUGGAAUCACAGAGCAGGUAGUGAUCUUCCCAGUUUGGCCUCUUUCCCAGCUUUCCUAGACUUCUGUUCUCCUCCUUAUUCUUGUAGAAAUGUAUAUACCACUGUUGUUACAAAGGAGAAGAUAUCAUGCACAUCUAAUUUUAAUGACAUCAUGUGCUAUAUGGACCAGAAAGGAAUAAGAGUUUGUGUGGGAUUCUGGAAUGUUCAAAAGGUGACCUUGAUUUCAGCAGUUCAGUCAGAGGGGGCAAUCACAGAGAUGCAAAAAAUCUGAGAAACACCUAAUUGGGCUCAGUCUGUGAUUGUUUCUGCCUUGAAAUUAAAUGUGAUUCUUCUUAAAAGCAAGGUGCAAUAAAAUAAAAACAUUGUUUUACAAAUACUAAUAGUAUUAAAACAAAUUGAAGGCAGCAAUGGGCUAUUAUCAAUAAACUUAUUAUUCCAGGGCAUUACAAAGAAUACCCAUAUUUCAGUGUCUUACCAGGUUGAAUUAUGUGUACCCGUCUAUAAUAAGCUAAUAUAAUCAUUGUUAUUAUUGACCAGAUCUUAUCAAACUAUUCAUAUACAAUAGGAGAUGUACUUUUCCCCUAGUUCUUGGGAAUAAUUUUUCCGUUUUGGUGAUUUAAAUAAAAGCAUUACAUUUUUACAGGAUGAAAAAGAAUAGAGAUAAAGCCUGCUUUCCCCUUUCCUUCCACACUCUGCAGAUGAUGUACAAAACAACAAGCUACGUAGGGAACCACAUAUGGAGUCGUCGGAAGCAGCCAAGCCUGAGAUGCUUGGAAAUCACAAGGGACCCAGAAUGCCUGAAAGAAGAACAUACACUGUGAUGAAAUCAUUUACCUGUCUGGAGUGUGGAAAGAGCUUCAGUCUGAGCUGUAACCUUAUUACACAUCAGAAAACCCACGCAAAGGAGAAACCAUUUAAAUGCAGGGAGUGUGGAAAGUGCUUUAAUAGGAGAAGCAGCCUUUGCAGACAUUUGAGAACCCACACAGGAGAGAAACCAUUUGAAUGCAUGGAGUGCGGAAUGAAAUUUAGAGCAAAUAGUAACCUUACUGAACAUCAAACGAUCCACACAGGGGAGAAACGGUAUCAGUGCAUGGAAUGUGGAAUGAGAUUUAGAGUGAGCAGUAAUCUUACUACACAUCAGAGGACGCACACCGGGGAGAAGCCGUUUAAAUGCAUGGAGUGCGGAAAGAGCUUUACGCAGAGCAGUAAACUUACUGUACAUCAAAGAAAACACUCAGGGGAGAAGCCAUUUAAAUGCGUGGAGUGCGGAAAGAGCUUUACACAGAGCGGUAGCCUUAGUAAACAUCAAAGAACCCACACACGGGAGAAAACAUUUGAAUGCAUGGAGUGUUGAGCGCACCUGAGUCUUGAGUAGUCACCGUACUCAUCAUAAAAGAACUCGCAGAGGGGAGAAACCAUUUCAAUGCAGGGAGUGUGGAAAGAGGCUUAGAGUGAGCAGUAAGCUUAUGUCACAUCGAAGUACACCCACACAGGGUGAAGCCAUAUAAAUGCAGAGAGUGCAGAAAGACCUUUGGCAGAGUAGUCACCUCAUUCAUCAUCAGAGAAUCUACACCGGGGAGAAACCAUUUAAAUGCAUGGAACGUGGAAUCCGUUGGAGUAGUCAGCUUACUUAUCAGAGAAUCUACAUGGACGGGCCUCUGGGGAAAGCUGUAGCACUGGAGAAAAUCUCUGAUUAAGACCUUGAGGGAUUCACUGCCUGUUGUGGUACACAGUCCUGAGAUUCCUAUGGAAUUCUGUUAUUCCAAGUAAAAGCAACAAGACGUUGGUUUGAAGAAAUCCUGCUUAUGGCUGCUUUGCAUAGGCACACACCCAACACUCAUUAAAGCCUCUUUAACAGCCUAGUCCCCUACACAACCCAGGAAUCCUCCAUAAUCUAUAACCGUGGUUCUCAAGCUCCUGUCUUCAAGGGCUGUCCUCAGUGACUGAGAAACUGCUGAGCCUAUUUCUGGACCACUUAAUGAUUGUUCUGAAGUUUAGCAAUCAUAAGGUAUUGUUCUAGAUGCUGUACACUGGUACCUCGGGUUAAGAACUUAAUUCGUUCUGGAGGUCCGUUCUUAACCUGAAACUGUUCUUAACCUGAGGUACCAUUUUAGCUAAUGGGGCCUCCCGCUGCUGCCACCACGCCGCCGCUGCGCGAUUUCUGUUCUCAUCCUGAAGCAAACCCGAGGUACUGUUUCUGGGUUAGCAGAGUCUGUAACCUGAAGUGACUGUAACCUGAAGCAUCUGUAACCCAAGGUACCACUGUAUAAGGAAUUCAAAUUUCAAACCAACAAAAUUCAGUGACGAAUAAAGCAAUAAAGGUCCUCUUAAAAAAUCAGUGUCGAGAAUAUGAAAAAUAUAAUCAAAACACAAUAGAAGUCUUUAAUGUGAUAGUUCCGCCGCACAUUCUGUGGUCCACAAUCCUCAGUUUGGGAACCCCUGAUCUAUUCCUAGUCUUCACCUCAACUUACUAUUGGACCCCAUAUUUCAGCACAGGAGCUUAUAAGAUUUGGAAGGCUGGAAACAAGUUUCCAAGGAUGAACUUUCUGAAUGAACUUGGACUAGUUCAUUCUUGAUAAGGAUGAACUGGAACUAGUUCUUGUUCCUUUUUUAAAUGGG